AUGGGCUGUGCAAGGACAGCCAGUUUAGCACGAUGUAUUAAUUUUUGCCAGAAUUCGAGUUACUUGCUAAUUUUACUUGAAGCAACCGUUGUGCCCGAUGCGAAGCAAGCAACGAUCCGGACCGCGCUUUGGCAUGACGAAAUGGACAACGAAAAUAUUGAUGAUUAUGCUUUCGAUCCAUUCGUCGACCAAGAACAACAACCGGACUGGGUGACCAGUUCAGUCCGGCUGGGCUCCGUGCGGCGAUGGAAAAGCAAAAAAAGCGCUGCAAUACGACGUAUUGAAAAAGAAAUUGAACUGGAGAAGCAACGACGUAGUGAAUUUUCUGGAUUUCAGGAAAAGUAA